AUGAAGCGGAAAACGUGUGUCUCGGGCCACGUUGUCAUCCUUAGCCGAGACAAGGGAGUGACCUCAUUCCGUGUCACCAAGAACAAUGGCAAGCUCACUGCCGAUUAUUUAAUUGACACAGUCAACGAGUGGAUACUUGAGGCUAAGGCGGAGGCAGACGUUCUCAAGGACAGGCGGGAUGCCGAACAGAAGGUCAAAGUGGCGGAAUGGGUGAAGAAGGCUAAAGAUAUCACGGUCAAACAGAACAAGGACGGGAUCGCUUACAUUGGGGUCCGAAGCGAUGCUGCAGGCACAGAGAAAGAGAUCGAGGUGCUUUUGGACGAUGAUGACUGGCGCAAGUUUAUGGGUGCUACGGCAAACUCUCUUCCUUGGGAGCUCACGGAUCACAUCUAUAAAGUGCCUCUCGACAACAGGCGCAAGAAUAUUCGUGCAGCUACCCGAGGUGCAAAUGGACAGAACAUUGGCAAGACGAGCAAGAGCGAAUUCAUGGGAGUACGCUGGUACCAGGAACGCUGGAGAGCCCAGGUAUGCGUAGAAGGCGAAAAAAGCGUUGCACAGACGACCUUCGAAGAAGUCAACAAGGCAGUUGAGCUAUACGAUCUGGCCGUUUUGUCUCAGCACGGCGUCGGAGCCAGGCUCAAUUUUGUGGAGAACCUCUCCAAAUAUCUAGGCAUGCUAGAGCGGGACGCCACCAAGGAAUUCGUUUAUGGCACUUAUCGCGAUAGUGGUUGUAAAGGUGCGCUUCUCGUGAAACGUGAACUCGGCGAGUCCGACCAGAACGCUCGCAACGGCCUUGAUCGUAGUCCCACACAUAGCCUGGAUCGCAGAAAGGGGGUUGAGUCGGUCGGCACUCAAAUCCUUGACGAGACCUCCAGCACAUUGGAGGAGGACUCUUCGAUGACGCUUCGUUGGGCCAAUUCGGCAGUAGGAGGAAUGACGGCGGUGGCACCGGGUGAAAGCACACCCAUGAAGGACAAGAUCGUGGCCAAGGCCACAAAAGAAGAGAUGCGAGCCAUGAAUGCGAUGGGAAGCACGCCUCAGCAUGGUCAUGGUCACGGCCAUCACCACGGACAUUGCCAUCAUCAGCGCCACCACCACGGUCACAAUUGGGACCACCGCCACCAUCGCGAUAUCGCUGGAGACAAUACCGAGUUCAUGAAGCGUGUUGACAUUGAGGCCCGUGACUAUCGCUACAAGGGAGACAUGAAGGGCUGA